CCACGGUCUGGCUUUUGAUUUUGCAAAUGCAAAUGGAGAAGGUGUUGCAGUGAUACCCAUAUCUAACGCAUAUGUGCUGCCAACCUCCUAAAUUCCUUUUUUCCACGCAUGUACAUGAGCUGUCCUCAAAUUUAUGUGCUGAUACAUGCACAUUGUAUAUUCCAGUAAUGCCUUGCACCCCCUCCGGGCUUUUGUUGCUGCCUCACCAAAAAUAUAGAUUCACAUGACUCUGGAAUAAAACAGGAGAGUCUCAUCUGCCUAGGUUACUUUAAAUAGAAAAGAAAUUAAGAGAGGAGCCAGCAAAGAUCGUCUCACUUCUCAGAAUUGAUUCUCUGACCUUUUUUACUGUGUCCCCCCCCUGAAAAUCUGCUUUUCAUCUGCACCAUUCCAACCUCCUGCAGUUGAGGAAGUACCGGAAGCUUUUUGAGCCCUUUUCAAAGAUUCCACCUCUGCAGCCAGACACCGAGCUUCGUUUCUGUGCCAAAGACAUGAAGCACCGUUUGGGCUUCUUGCUGCAGAAGUCAGAUUCCUGUGACUACAGCUCUUCCCAGGGCAAGAAGGAAAAGUUAUCUUCAAGCCAGAGGCUUAGCCAAGAGGAAGUCAGAAAAUGGGCAGACUCUUUGGAAAAUUUGAUCCAUCAUGACAGAGGACUGGCUGCUUUCCGUGCUUUUCUCAAAUCUGAGUACAGUGAGGAAAACAUCGAGUUCUGGGUCAGUUGUGAGGAGUACAAGAAAACCAAGUCACCAACCAAGCUCAGCCCCAAGGCCAGGAAGAUCUAUGAUGAGUUCAUCUCAGUGCAGGCCACAAAAGAGGUGAAUUUGGAUUCUUGCACACGGGAGAAGACGAGCCACAACAUGCUGGAGCCUACACUGUCCUGCUUUGAUGAGGCUCAGAAAAAAAUAUUCACCCUCAUGGAAAAGGAUUCUUACCGUCGCUUCCUCAAGUCCCCUUACUACCUGGACUUGGUCAGCCCACCUGGUGCUGGCUGUAGGCCUGAAAACUGCAAAAGAAACCACACUCACAGCUUAGACUGCAACUCCAACAUCAUCUCUCAGUGCGCCUAAACCUGCAGCAAGGCAGGGGCGGGCCGGGCUCUUGCAGAACAUACGGCAGCAAAAGCAUUCAUUGGCAUGAAGCAACAGAGCUGUCUCCAGUAGCUGUCUAAUGUUCCAGUUGUAUCCCAUGUCAUGCAGCAGCCAGCAUUUGUAACCCAAUCCAGGUUCAGUAUGUGUAGCAAACCCUCCUCUGAUGGGUUGGUAUAGGAGCGCUGCGGUCUAUAUCUGGCAGGAGCUGGGGGCAGUCACUGUGUGUGCCAGGGCUCUGCCAACCCUGUGAGCCCAGCAAGGUGCUGGGGAGCCUGCCAAGCCCUGGCUCUGCUCACUGAGGGACCAGACUGGCAAGAUCGCCAUGUGACACCCAGCGACGUGCAGGGCAGAGAAGGAGCCGAAGGAAUGCUGGGGACUGUGAUCUCCCCUUUCUAAUCUGCAAAGGUUUAGGUGAAAAGGGCUGGCUCUGGUUCUUAGCUGUUCAUAACUCCCAAAUGUCCAGGCUCUCCGGAGUUUUUUCUCAGAGCUCAGGGUGUACUGCAUUGCAGAAUCAGGCACAGGAAGAGCUCCUACUCUUUUUUGAAGGGAGACCAAAACUUUUCAGACAGCCUCCCUCAAUCAUCACAGCCAUAGUCGCAGGGAAGCUCAGCCUCCCUCAGUCAUCACUCUUCCCUCUGGCUGCUGCUCCCUCUGUAGCACCCCGUUUAUGCUGGCGAAGGAUCUUUUCUGGGGCUGUGCAGAGCUGUCACUUUGAGGAAGGUUCAUUAUUUCCUGUGUUAUUAAUUUUGACCUUCACACACCCAGGUUAAAUAGUCCAUCAGAGCAGAACAGAAACUUGUUCCUUCUCUCCCAGACAGGAGUAUAUUCCUGACUCUGGGAGUGCCAUUUCAGAUUUGCCUCUCCUGGCUUGUAAGAAGCAGUUUGUGAGGGAAUAGAACCACCAUAUCUGAGGAGGAAAGGCCCUGCUUGGGAGUACUUGAAAAUGUUGGAUUUUUUUAAGGUGUUAUUUAUGUAUUUCAGUAGUAGCAUGGAUCACUUUUCCUGAAGAUGGUAGGACGAAUGUGUCUAUCACAUUACUUCUCCAGGGCUUUGCCAGAAGGCAGCUGACUUUUUAAUUGCUGUGGUGAGAUACGGCCUUUGCUGUGGGCUUUGGCACUGACCUGCAGUGGGAAGCAUGGGAGGCAGCUGCAGGGUUGCUGCCAUGAGCUGCAGCACCAGGUGUCUCACUGUCUCCCAGCCUUGGUCCCUCUUUCAUUAGGUAUUGCUGCUCUGGCCACUGUGUAUCCUGUGCUCUGCAUCCCAAUCCAUACAGCAGCUCUCACACCAGGGUUUUGGCAUUGCAGGAGGAGGUUGUGGCUCUCCAGGCCCAUAGAGAAACUUCUUUUUUAACACGUGCUUUAUUUUGUAUUUAGUCAAUGUACUAUCACCCUGCAUGCUCAGCUAAAAGAUGAGAGGCUUGCUAAAGCACUGAACAUAGCCAAGCAUGUGGCUAUGUUUUAUUUUCCCCUGGUACUGGGAACUCUUGGUAACUAUUGCAAAAACUGUAUCAAUAUUUAAAUAAUGAUGAAUGUAGUCUAAAUAAAGAUGUUUGUGUUAGUCCCUUCUAAAA